AUGAUUUCCUGUGGUCGAGUCCCAUCAGUUGCUCAGUGCCUUUUUCGGAAAAAAGUGGUGACGUUGGACAACGUUCAAGAAUCCAGUCUGUGUCGCUGUUUAUCUACCGCUGACCUCAUUGCCCUCGGCAUUGGCAGUACUCUGGGUGCUGGUGUAUACUUGCUGACAGGAGAAGUUGCCAAAGUAGAGGCUGGGCCCAGUAUCGUCAUCUCCUUCUUAAUUGCUGCGGUUGCUUCAGCGUUGGCAGGUGUAUGCUUUGCGGAAUUUGGUGCACGGGUACCGAAGGCUGGCUCGGCUUAUCUCUACAGCUAUGUUACCAUCGGAGAAUUUUUGGCUUUCAUUACGGGUUGGAAUUUAAUCCUCUCUUACGUCAUUGGUACAUCCAGCGUAGCACGUGCCUGGAGCAGCACAUUUGAUGAACUGUUAGGCAAACGUAUUGGCAGUUUUCUUAGUAAUCAUUUCAGAAUGGAGGCACCAGAAUUGGCAGAAUAUCCAGAUUUCUUUGCAGCAUGCUUGAUAAUCUUACUGGCAGGUCUCCUGUCAUUUGGGGCCAAAGAAUCGACGACAGUAAACAAAAUCUUUACAACUAUCAACCUCCUUGUGCUUGUAUUUGUUAUUAUUGGAGGUUGCAUUAAAGGAAACAUUAAGAACUGGAACAUUACUGCUGAGCUGCUGAAGAACAUCACUGCUGAAACAUGGAACUUGUCUUCAGGUGCAAACAUAACAAGUGAUUAUGGAACAGGAGGGUUUAUGCCCUAUGGGUUCAGAGGUACUCUGACUGGCGCUGCCACCUGCUUCUAUGCAUUUGUGGGGUUUGAUUGCAUUUCGACCACAGGUGAGGAAGUGACAAAUCCUCAGAAGGCCAUCCCAGUUGGGAUUAUGUCAUCUCUUCUCAUUUGCUUCUUCGCCUACUUUGGGGUUUCUGCUGCACUGACUCUUAUUAUGCCCUAUUACCUCCUUGAUACCAAGAGUCCAUUCCCUGAGGCCUUCCAGUAUAUUGAAUGGGGUGCUGCCAAAUAUUUUGUGGCUAUGGGCUCACUAUGUUCCCUUUCCACCAGCCUUUUGGGUUCCAUGUUCCCUCUACCCCGCAUUCUGUUUGCAAUGGCGAGAGAUGGUUUGCUUUUCAAAGCCUUAGCAAAACUGAGUAAACGUCAGACUCCAGUCCUUGCCACAAUCACAGCAGGAAGCAUCUCUGCUAUAAUGGCCUGCCUUCUUGACUUGAAAUCAUUGGUUGAUAUGAUGUCCAUUGGAACACUUCUAGCCUAUACACUGGUGGCAAUAUGUAUCCUUGUUUUGAGGUACCAACCAGAUCCUAGUUUUGAAGCUGAGAUUGAAAUGUUCAAUGGGCUACAGAUUUCAGAGACUCCUAAACAAGGUUCCAGUUUGAAGUUGUUGAUUCUUCCUCUUCAAUUCCCCACAAAGCGAUCAUCAAUUAUUGUGACAUACUGCGUAGGGUUAAUAGUCGUCCUAAUUUGUAUUCUAAGUGGAAUGAUGACAUAUGGGUUGAAAACUAUCACAGCAACAACGAUUGGGAGUGUCGGCUUUUUUGUACCUGUUAUAUUGGCAUCAAUAUUCAUUGUAUUUGUUAUCUGGAGGCAACCUCAAAAUCAGAAGAAGGCCAUGUUUAUGGUUCCCUGCCUACCAUUUCUGCCAAUAUUCAGUAUUUUGAUAAACAUUUACCUCAUGGCACAGAUGAGUGUAGCCACAUGGAUUCGACUGUCUAUCUGGUUGGCAAUUGGUUUGCUGAUAUACUUUUGCUAUGGUAUCCAGCACAGCGUGGUGGGUCAGCAGCCUCGAGAACAGUCUGCCUCAAGUCCAGUUGAGAUCGCAAGGCCAACAGAGGAAGAGCAUAAGGAUGAGAAAGUUUAAAGGAACCAAAGACUAGGAGAAUGAAAAUGAGUUCUCAGCAAAAUACCAUAUUUUCCAAUACCAGCAGCAAUUUCUAUCUAUGCAGCAUGUCUAAUGUAAGCAAACAUCCCAAGUUGCCUCAUAUUCAAAGUAAAUUUAUUAUCAUAAGUACAUAUAUGUCACCAUAUACAACCCUGAGAUUGAUUUCCUUGCGUACAUACUCAGUAAACCCGUAAUAGAAUAAUAACCAGAAUCAAUGAAAGAAGCCCCCACUCUCAUAAGGUUAUGAUAGACAUAAAGUCAUAGAACAAAAUAGCACAGAAACAGGCCCUCCUGAAAUUAUUCUCCCUAGCUUGAGAUUUCCCCUUCAGGAAAAUCGGCAAUUAAAUACACUCAGAAUCUUAUAUAUUUCAAUAACAUCCUCUCUCAUUCACCUAAAUAGAGGGUGAAGUACCAAUCAAUUAAAUUUUUUUCUCAUAAGACAACUUCCAAUCCAGAGCUAAGUUGGAAAGGCCUUCCUGCAUUGUCCCAGAGCCUAUUCUUCCUUAAGUAUCAAGAUGAAAACCAUAUGGUACCUCAUACAUAGUCUCAUAAGUCAGGUACCGUUGUGAAUAAUAGAUGAACAGUCUCAACCCAAAAUAUUAGAUGGCCCUUUCCCUCCAUAAAUGAUACUUGACCCAUUGAGGUCUCCCUGCAGCUUGUUUUUCUUUGCACAUCUGGUUUCAAAAUUCUAAUUCUACAAGAAAAUAACUCACUGCAUGUGUAAGGAAAUUAAACUCUGAAAGAGAUGCAGAUCAACCAUUUCUCAAUGAAAAAGAAAUAUAGUGCAUAUUAUUACCUCAAGACAUCUAAGAUACCUUCUGUCAUUUAAUUGUGGUAAAAUAGAAAAUGGCAAAUAUUCAACAGUAUUUGUGGAGAGUAAAAUAGUGAACAUUUUUUUAUGUACCACACACAGUGGCCAAAUUGUCUGUCGCUGGGUUAUGAUAGAGACAUGGAGUCAAAGUAGUACAGCACAGAAACAGACCCUCUGGCCUAACUGGUCCACCAACUACAGGAUCCUCCCUGCUAGUCCAAGUUGCUCACGUUCAGUCUAUGACCUCUAAAUCCCUUCUCUCAAAUGUCUCUUAAAUGUUGCAAUUGUACCCACAUGGACAACUUCCUCUGGCAGCUCAUUUCAGGUACACACUCUACCCUCUGCGUAAAGAAGUCACUUCUCAAGAAAAAGAACAUAAGAAAUGGGAGCAGGAGUUGGCCAUCCGGUCCAUUAAGCCUGCUCCAAUUAGAUCUGGCUGCGGACUCAGCUCCAUCUACCUGCCCUUUCCCCAUAACGCUUCCCUUGCAAUGCAAAAAUCUACCUAACUGUGUCUAAAAUGUACUUAAUGGGGUAUCCUCUACCUUUCCCUGGGCAGAGAAUUCCACAGAUUUACUUUCUGAGAAAAACAGUUCCUCCUUAUCUCCAUCCUAAAUCUAUUUCCCUGAAUCUUGAGGCUAUAUCCUGUAGUUCCGGUCUCACCCUCCAACGAAAACAACUUUCCCGACUCUACCUUAUCUAUCUCUUUCAUAGGUUAUAUAUUUCUAUAAGAUUCCUUCUCAUUAUUCUGAAUUCCAGUGAAUACAGACUGAGGAGUCUCAAUCUCUCCUCAUAGACCAACCCCCUCAUUUUCAGAACUCACUAGGUGAAUCUCCUCUACACCUCCUCCAAAGCCAGUAUGUCUAUCCACUCUCCCUCGAACUGCACACAGUACUCCUGCUGUAGCAUCACCUAUACUCUGUACAGUUGCAGCAUACACACCCUGCUCUUAAAUGUAAUUCCUCUAGCACAGACAGCCAAAGAUCCAUUUACCUUCUUAAUAACCUGUUGUACCUGCAAACCAACCUUUUGUGGUUUGCACAACAGCAUGCUGCAAUCUUUCAUCAUUUAAUUAAUAAUAAUCUGAUCUUCACAUUUGCCAAUGUUGUACUCCAUCUGCCAGAUCGUUGCCCACUCACUUAACCUGUCUACAUCUUUCUGCUGACUCCCUGGAUGCUCCGCACAGUUUGCUUUCCUUUCAGUUUAGUGUCAUCAGCAAACUUAGAUAUGCUACACCCGGUCCGCUCUUCCACCUCCCUGCCUUUUCCACAUAUGCAAAUUUCUCUAUUAUGCAAAUUCUAUCAAACUGUGCCUUAAGUAUAUUUAAUGAGGUAGCCUCUACUGUUUCCCUCUGCAAAGAAAUGCACAGACUCACUACUCUCUGGGAAAAAGAAACUGUUUCUCCUCAUCUCCAUCCUAAAUCUAUUUCCCCGAAUCUUGAGAUUACACCCCCUAUUUCUAGUCUCACUUACCGGUGGAAACAAUUUUCAAUAAUGAUGAAGUAAUCUGCUGCUAUGAUACUGGAUGUGUGAUAAGUAUUGUCUGAAAUGUCAGGGUGAACUCCUCCACCUAGUAUAAAAUAGUGCCUUGAGAUCUGUAAAUUGCACCUGAGAAGACAAAUGGAACCUCGGUUUAAUGUCUUAUGCGGGAAAUACUAUGUCUAUCGGUACAACAUUCCUUUAAAGCUACACUGGAUUGUCAAUCUACAUUUUGACCUCAAAGUAGUUCUUAACCUUACGGACCACUAGUUGACCCUUGACUUAAGAAGCUGCAGGCAGCAUGUAGAUGCAUUUAGAUAUUUCUAUGUCAUGCAUCUAAUUGAAACACCUUUAUUUGUCUAUUGGCUCCAGAUCUAAAGAAAAGCACAAAAUGCAGAUUUACAUCGCACUUAAUUUGUAGCGUAGUUUUGCUCACAGUCUCAACAGAGCCACAAUGGAGCAGAUGCUUCAUUUUGGAUCUUCACUGGGUGGGAAUGGUGGAAUCUCCAUUUUAAUUGGGGCAUUCUGGGUUGAACACCGGAAGAUAUUUUAAAUGAACAUGAGGAAAAACAAAUUUACAAAGAAGAUGAGUUAAUAUAUGUUAGUAUUAUUAAAAUUUAUCCACAUAGUGAUACUAUGAGCUGACUGAUUUAAAGCAGCUUUUAUUCUCUCUUGGUUUUGAUAGUAGGUUAUCAAAACAUAUAAUAGUUAAAUGCCUAUUGGUAAAUAUUUAAACAAAUAUGGGGAUUGAUGAGGUGAGUAACUGGUUCCUGACUCUAUGAAACUCAGUGGAACACGAGAAUCCAGCGUGUGUUAAUGCUGUCUUUCCUGCUACGCAGUGGUGCUGUAAUACUUAUUUCCCUGAGGACUUGGUUAUGUAUUCAUUAAGACACAGAAGAAGGCUAUUUGAUCCAUUACCAGAUCACUCCCAUCGGUAUUCUUCCUCUUCUUAUUCUCUCUCACAUUCCAAUCUCCCCUCUAUACUAAAAUUAACUUACAGCGAAGGGUUAACCAACCUGCUGGUCUUGGAAUGUGGGAGGAAAACCAGAACACCCUUUGGGAAUCCACACAGUCGCAGGGAGAACUGCAAACUCUGUACAGAUGACAUCUAAGAUCAUUGCUCAUUUUCUUGUCACCUUUUAAAUUACAAAGGAUUACAUGGACUAUGCAGCACAGAAACAGAUUAUGCAACCCAAACAGACCAUGCACACUUUUAUGCCUCGCUUGCGCCUCGUUUGAUUUUCUAUCUUAUUUCUAAACAGUUCGGUUAUUUUUGAUAUGUGUCACAGAAGAAGACUAGACAAAGGGGUGGGGGUACAAUCUUCUAACAGGUCUUUGCCAAGAGUGCCCUGAGUAGUAUAUUAAGUGACUAGGCCAGGGUAUUUCAGUCUUUCACUUAACUAUAGAGUCAUAGAGUACUACAGCACAGAAACAAGCCCUUCAGCCCAUCUAGUCUGUGCUUAACUGUAAUUCUGCCUUGUUCUAUUGACCAUAGCCCUCCAUGCUCCUCCCAUUUAAGCUUCUCUUAAGUGAUGGCAUUUAACCCUGCAUCCGCCACUUCCACUGGCAGCUCAUUUCACACUCUCACCACCCGCUGAGUGAAGAAGUCCCCCCUCAGGUUUCCAGUAAAUAGUUCACCUUUCACCGCUAACCUAUGACUUCCGUAUCUAGUCUCACCCAACCUCAGUGGAAAAUACCUGCUUGCAUUUACCUUAUAUAUACCCCUCAUAAUUUUGUAUACCUCUGUCAAAUUUCCCCUCGUUCUCCUGCGCUCCAGGGAAUACCACUGUCUAUUAGAAAUUCACUGAUGUCUGUUUACAACCUUCUGGUAAUGGAUAAAAUUGUCCUGAAAAACUUAACCUCUGGAUUACAAGAGUCAACCCUUUAUCAGUAUCACUGUCUGGCUUCUAUGUACUGCAGAAACUUAUUGUGAGUUUUUUUUUACAGAAUAAACAUCUUGGAAAAUUGUGUUUCAACGAAAAAUAAUCAGGGAACUUUUAAGAGGGCCAUUAAGCAUGUAAAGUCCUUGAAACAGUCCCUUGCUGUUUCACCAUAGCAUUGAAAAUGUUUCCCUUUUGAGUACGGUAUGUACUCUAUUCCCAGUAAAAGUUAUUUUUGAAC